AACAAUUGGCUUCCGGAGUCUAAAAUAUCAGAGCAAAACCCUAACCGUCCCGGCAACUUCAAUCUCCUCCGUCACAUUGCAGAAAUGGCAUCCAAAACGCAAAGUUACAGGCAAAGACCACCCAAUCAGCCCCCGCCUCCGACGACGCCCAGAAAGAAGUGGUCAAUCGACGAUUUCGAGAUCAGGAAACCCCUCGGAAGGGGCAAAUUCGGCCGGGUGUACCUUGUCCGUGAAGUCCAGAGCAAAGUGAUUGUGGCGCUGAAGGUGAUUUUCAAAGAGCAGAUAGAGAAGUACAAGCUGCACUAUCAGCUCCGGAGAGAGAUGGAGAUCUAGAGCAGUCUCAGUCACCCCAAUAUCCUUAGACUCUACGGCUGG